UCACAUAACACGGAAGGUGAGAGCUGAAUGAAGUUUUCUGGGUAAUGGCUUGAAAUGUUUUCCUUACGAGAAGUGGUGUUGAGUUACAGCGUGCAGACUGAGCACGGGGAGGAGAGAAGCGCAGCCUCAGCCUGGCCCCCACCUUUUCUUGGCUUCUAAGAAGGUGGACACAGGCUCUCAGAGACGAGACAAGUGAUAUGUUGAACUAUCUGGUGGCUGGAAUCCAUUGCUUCCAGAGGGACCGAAGGGCAGUGUUUAAGAGGGUUUACAGGGGCCAGCCCAGCAGGCACAGAUGCUCUGCUGUGAAAUGCCACGCAGGCAGAGACUGACAAGCGGCAGGAGCUGAGCUCUCCCUCAGCCCGACGGCCGUUUCCUGCUGUGUUCAGGGGAGGGGGCGCCUUCUGGCUACUCGGCUGCCUCAGCUCCCUCUCCACGCAAGGUAAGCAGGCUGCAGGGGAAGCCCUGGGACCAUGAACAAGAUUCGAAAGUUUUUCCGAGGAAGUGGGAGAGUCCUGGCAUUUAUAUUCGCAGCUUCUGUCAUCUGGCUGCUCUUUGACAUGGCAGCUCUCCGCCUCUCAUUCAGUGAGAUCAACAGUCAGGUCCUCAAGGAAGACAUCGUCAGGAGGGAGCGGAUAGGGCUCAGAGUGCAGCCAGACCAAAUGAAGGUCCUGUACAGCAGCAUGAAAGAGGCGAAGGCCCCACUGAGGGGACACCGGAAAGGCAUAUGGGGCAAAGAGAACUUCCGAAAGACUGAAGGGAGUAUGCUCAGGGCUGAGGAUGAUUUGGUCCAGACCCAGAGGGAGAGCCAGGUGCAGAAAGCCCCGGGAAGGGGCAAGGUUCCACCUUUGUGGCAUCCUAUGGCUUUUCCCAAGGGGGAGACAGGCGAGCAAGAUGUCCAUCCUGAAGCCUCCUCUCGCCAUGUGGCGCCAAAGCAAACAACUCAAGGGGCUCAGAAAACCCCAUUCACAGCAGCAAGAGGAACUCUGUUGGCCAAAAUAUCUGCACACUCAGGUCCUGUCAGUGUAGACCAGGGGACUCUGAAGAGUCAUCAUCUCAGCAGUGACACAUCAAAACAAGCAGCUGUAAAGAACCUGAAUGUGACCAGCAGUCUCAAAACUGACAUAGCGAAGUGGCAAUCACAGUCACUGGAAAAUGAGAGGACACUCCCUGCCAGCCCCCCAGUGCCAAAAUCUAGGGAAGGCAUAGCCUUAAAUAAAACUGAGACUCAGAGCAAAGAACUAAAUGCAAAUAAACACAAAGCCAAGAAGAACCUUCCCUUUUCCAAGCUGGUUGCCAAUUCAAAUCACUCUGAGAAGCAACGUAUUAGUGAGACAGAGUUGGGACACUUGCCGGAGGAUGAUGGGGCCAAAGUGGCUGGUGGGAAGAAAUUCAGUUUCUCUGAAAACCAUGUUGUGAUUGUAACCAAGGAGGAGGAACUUAAGGCAGAUGCCAAAGAGGUCCCCGGUCCUAAGACCAACACUACAGCUCCUAUUGUAUUGGCUGAAAGCCAAGAGAAGCACAUUUCCAGGAAUAGAAGUGAGAUAUCUUUCUCUUCAUUUGCUGUGCAGAGAGCAAGAGAGUCUCGAAUCAAUCAAACCUUAGCUGGGGGAUUACAGCCAGAAAGAAUCAACUUAACCGCCAAGGCCCAGCUUGCAGCACUCAACCAAAGUCACAUAAAAGCCCUUUUACCUGAAAACCACGGAAUGCACCACGUGCUAAGAAUCGAUGUGACCCUUUCUCCAAGGGAUCCCAAAGCUCCAGGCCAGUUUGGACGUCCUGUAGUCGUUCCACCUGGAAAGGAGAAGGAGGCAGAAAGAAGAUGGAAUGAAGGGAACUUCAAUGUCUAUCUCAGCGAUUUGAUCCCAGUGGACAGAGCGAUUGAAGACACAAGACCCACUGGGUGUACAGAGCAACUAGUUCACGACGGCCUGCCAACCACCAGUGUCAUCAUGUGCUUUGUGGAUGAGGUGUGGUCCACUCUCCUGCGGUCUGUCCAUAGCGUCCUUAACCGCUCUCCUUCACAUCUCAUCAAGGAGAUUCUGCUUGUGGAUGACUUCAGCACCAAAGAUUACUUAAAAGAUAAUUUGGAUAAAUACAUGUCUCAGUUUCCAAAAGUUCGGAUUCUUCACCUCAAAGAGAGACAUGGCUUAAUAAGGGCCAGGCUGGCAGGGGCACAGAUCGCAACAGGUGAUGUGUUGACAUUCUUAGAUUCCCACGUGGAAUGUAAUGUUGGUUGGUUGGAACCUCUUCUGGAAAGAGUUUAUUUAAGUAGAAAGAAAGUAGCCUGUCCGGUAAUUGAAGUCAUCAAUGAUAAGGAUAUGAGUUACAUGACAGUGGACAACUUUCAAAGAGGCAUCUUUGUGUGGCCCAUGAACUUCGGUUGGCGAACAAUCCCUCCAGAUGUUGUUGCAAAAAACAGAAUUAAAGAAACUGAUAUAAUAAGGUGCCCUGUCAUGGCAGGGGGAUUAUUUUCUAUUGACAAAAAUUACUUUUUCGAACUUGGAACAUAUGACCCUGGGCUUGACGUUUGGGGAGGAGAAAAUAUGGAACUCUCAUUCAAGGUAUGGAUGUGUGGCGGUGAAAUUGAGAUCAUUCCCUGUUCCCGAGUGGGCCACAUAUUCAGAAGCGACAAUCCGUACUCCUUCCCCAAAGACCGGAUGAAGACAGUGGAGCGGAACCUGGUGCGGGUUGCCGAGGUCUGGCUUGAUGAAUACAAGGAGCUCUUCUACGGCCACGGGGACCACCUCAUAGACCAAGGGUUAGAUGUCGGAAACCUCACCCAACAACGGGAACUCCGAAAGAAACUAAAAUGCAAAAGUUUCAAGUGGUACUUGGAGAAUGUUUUCCCCGACUUGAAGGCUCCCAUUGUGAGGGCUAGUGGUGUGCUUAUUAAUGUGGACUUGGGUAAAUGCCUUUCCAUUGAAAACACCACAGCCACUCUGGAAGACUGUGAUGGGAGCAGCAAGCUUCAGCAAUUUAAUUACACCUGGUUAAGACUUAUUAAACAUGGAGAAUGGUGCUUAGCUCCCAUCCCCGAUGAGGGCGCCCUGCGGCUGCACGCCUGUGAUAACAGAAACAAAGAGCUAAAAUGGCUGCAUAAAUCAACAUCUGUCUUUCGUCCAGAACUGGUGAAUCACAUUGUUUUUGGAAACUAUCAUCAGUUGUUAUGCCUGGAAGGACAUUUUUCUAGGAAGACCCUGAAAGUUGCUGCUUGUGACCCACAGAAACAAUAUCAAAAGUGGAAAUUUGAAAAAUAUUAUGAAGACUGAAGAGCAACUGAUAUUUUUAUCUUGCAAACCCAUUAGACACUGAAAAUGGCAGUGAACUUGGUGACUGUUUUUCUCCAUGGUAGUUUACAUUUUCAAAAUUUAUAGCAUUUGAAUGGAAGCUUUAAAAAACCCACAGUAUUUGAGAUACCAAAAGUUAACUCAGGGAAACAGUCCAACUUUGGAUCAGAGUCCUUUUUCAACACCAGGUGACCUUUCGAAUUGCUUGCUUCCUGCCCUGCUGCCUGUGCUGAAACUCGGCCUUCAAAUUUCCCUGUGCAAUCAAACAGGUACCAGGAAAUGAAGACCAAGUACUUGGGGAAGCACGAUCGUGAUGACUGGAUUUGAUAAUAAUCAGAUCUUUUGGCCUGUAAGUAGAUACAAUCAAUGAGAACCUGGUCCUUUAUAUGCUAUUUUUUUCAUCAGAAGAUAAUUAGUUAGGUUCUUAUGGAUAAAAAAACCUCAGAAACACCGAGCUACCACUUUGAUGAAAUUCCUCCUGACUACAUGCAUGUUCACCUGACAGUUUGGAAGAGAACUGAUGCAAUACUCCUUGAUGGCAGGGUUUUGAUGUAGAUGAUUACAUCAUGUUUUUUCCCAGUCUGAAUCAGUGUAAAAAUUUUCAAGUGAGCAAGCACUUACUCAAUUCUAGAUAUGGACAUUGUUUCAGCUCAUUUUGUGCUUUUAAAACUACACUUUAAAAGAAAACAGUCAUAUUAGUAACUUCCUAGACUUAUGUGGAUAUUUUUUUAAAAAAAGGAUAUACAAAGAAAGGGUCUGGAUCACAGCACACUGCAGUAAGCAAAAAUACAUUUAAUAGUUGAACACACUCUAAUGCAGGACCAGUUAGGAAGAGAUGAAACAAAGCAGAAAAAGAACACUGAAAAAAUAUUAAGGUUCUUUUUUAUAAAUGAUUUAAAAGCAUUCAUAGGGUUAAGGUAUGCUAAAAAAGAAAAGGCUUUAAAAGAUUUCAAGGUAAAAAUAAAAUGAAGGCAACAUAAUGAAAGGGGAAGAGAAUGAGGUAAGCAACCCCAAGAAGAGAAUUUAGAAAAAAUGAGACUCAGCCAGAAAAGAAAGGCAAUCUUGAUCUGUUUGGUGGAAAGGGAAAGAAUAAAGGCCUAGAUAUGGACCUGUUGAUAACAGUAAUAAAUUUGGAUUGAAGUCCAAUAUUUCUUGUAUCUAAAAUGAACUUCUAAUGUUAGUCAUGCCAGUACGGGUAUACCAGGAGAGAUCUUAGAAAUCCUAAUAUGCUUUACAUUCAUUUUGGUAAGAAAGUUGAUGCUCAGAAGACACAUUACCUGUCUAGACAUUUCAUGCCAGUUAGUGAGAGAAUGAGGAUUAGAAUUUGAAUCUCUACAGACGGACUAUUCUACUGCCCCGGGCCACUGGACUAAACAAAUCUGUUCCACAGAAUUCUUAAGAAAAGGAUACAUAAACCUUUUCGCAAGGGGUGGAUCUCUGGAGAAUAGCCAUGCUAUAUGCUUGUUAAUAUUUUAAAAAAAACUUUUUGCUGAUGGUAAAACUGGGCAUCUUUAAUUCUGACUACCUAUUAAAAAUGUAAUUUUAACUCCCAAUUAAUUACACAAAAGCAGAGUAGUAACUUAUGAUUGGAAGGAGAAGCAGUUUUGCAUAUUUGCAUCAUUUUAAAGAUGUUUUAUUUGAAUAAUUGACAUGGCAGAUGAGAUAAGAAAUGACUAGAAAAUUAGACAAUUACCUCCAAAACAGAGCCAUACAAGGGAUAAAGCACUAACUGAAUGGCUGACCAAACUGCAUGCAUGGGGUGCCUCAUGCACUUCUUCAUGUCCCUGAGAAAUGUUGAAAGUUUUCCUCCACCAAUCUAAAAACUCUCUUUUUAUUCAAAAAUACUUUCCACCAAAAACCUCAACUCUGUUCAGAAAAAGAUGAAUUAUGUUUUGGAUUCUCUUACCUUCAGGCAUACCAGCAGAAGAAAUGUAAAUGUUUCUCUCAGAAACCUUCUACGGUAUAUUCAGUGUAUGCUUUUCCUGACUUCUCCUGAACAUACUUAACCAUGAAACUAUCCUGAAAUCUAUAUUGUCAAUAUAACAAAGGAUUGUUUUCAUACAUCAUAUUUUUGGUUUUGGUAGAAUUUUAAACACAGCUUUGCCAUGUACUUGCUCAAUUGCUACAGUGCGAGGAAUUAAUCACUAGUUAAGAAUUUUAUAGGCCUAACCUGAAUAGUAUCGACUAAUCAUGAAAUCUACUACCAAUAUUUUUUAAGCCUUGCCCUCUAAAUAUCCUUUGCAGAGGACUGUAAUAAGGGUAUACAUGCUACUAGGUCUCCUGCUACUUCUAAUGAGAAACCCUUGGAUGGGACACAUUAGGAUCCAAAUCAGCCCUGAAUUCUUCAAAGGGGGCUAUGUUACUGGGGACUUAAGCUUUCCCUGGAUUGGCUUGAAUUAUUACCUUUUCUGAGAAAAACCUCUAUGCAUCUUGUUACCUUAAACACAGUAUAGUCUUGGUAAUAUUUUGUAGGACUUAUUUGAUUGAAAACUCACUCACCAAAACAUCUGAGUGUUUCUGAGCCUUUAAGUUUGAACAAUUUCUUUCUUUUUUUCAAGCUACCCAGAACUUCCACCCCACCCUCUCCAAAGAGUGAUACAGCUGGUGUUGGUACAACUGUGUUUUAUCACCAGUGUCAGAUCUGCUCAGUUCUGCUUGCUGAUAUUCGAUCAGCUGUCAAUCACAGGCCAAAAACCACCAUGUACCAUGAUCACAAUGUAUUCUUAGCUUCUCCAAAACUAAUUUGGAAAUAUUCUCUUGGAUAUUAAAACACCUUGCUUCUAGGAUCCCCUUAGGGAUCGUAGAGGGGCAAAGAUGGUGCAUUGGAAUUCAGUUUCCCCAGUCAACCUUGAUUUCAUGAAUGGCUUAGCAUAAUUUUCGAGGGGUUCUCAUGUAAGAGAAUGGGGUUGAGUCUGACCAAAUACUGUCAUCUUUAUUUGUUCUAACAUGUUUAACUUCCAUAUUCAAACACAGGAAAGAAAUUAUGCCUCAGAUGAAAGCCCCAAUAUCUUGGAUAAAAUCAAGGAAAUUACAAGUAAUACAGGGAAAAGGGAAGGGAAUGAAUUGUCUUUGAGUACCUACAACUGAGUGACGUGUGUCUUAUUCAACUCAUCAUUUAGACGAGGAGGGUGGGUGCCAGGGUUGGCUUAAAGUCAUCCCACAGGUACGAGGUCAAAUCUGUUUUCUUUUUACCUGGCUGAAAAGGAGUCUCUUUCCCUGCAUCAUGCUGCUACAGCUCAAGUUGGCUCGGUUAAAAUUCCUUGGCAGUGUGGAGUCAAACCCCUUAGGUCUCUCUCUUGAAUGUUGUAUAGACAAGACAUAGAGGCUGAAUCCCUCUGUGUUAAACAGCCAAAGUGUAAGCUGAACAAUAGCUGUCCCCACAUGCUUUGCAGUUUCUAUCUCUUUGACUUUAUGCAGGACAUAUAUCUUUUCCAUUUCCUAGAACCUGGAAAAUAAGAUGGGAAAGUGGACAUAGAGAAAUUGCUUCUCCAUGAAUAAUAGUACCAACUCUUCUUUCCCAACCAUUAAUCAAAGCUGACAGAUUGCUCAAUUUGAACAGAGGAGGGAAGUGAAAAAUGGAAGAAUCCUUUAAUUUAAAAAACAAACUAAGACUUGUACCUUUCACUUCAUUGUACAGAUUGUUGCCAGAGUGCUUUUGCAACAAACUUUGUAUAAGUUAACUCACCAAUUGCUACAAUGCCCUGAAAUGAGAAAAGGAACACUAAUCAAAGUUAGUGUACAAAAUGCUUAUUUUUGCCAAUCAUUCAUUCCAAGGACAGGUUUGAAUAAGUCAUGAGUAAGUAUUAUAUACUCCUGGUAAUGUUAAAUGAUUGGUAUUUCAGGUGUUGAUGGUGCCCUUGUCUGAAAGAAAGAAAAGAUGUACCAUCACACUUAGCAGAUUUAAUGCUUCUGCGAAUUAGUUAACCCCUCCAAUGGGUCAACUAAUAGCAUUAACUCCAGUUAGGGUCUACUUUGAAAGUUUAUAUGAAUCUCUACUUUGCAAAACACACAUGAAAAUUCUCAUUUUUCUACAAAUAGAGAAACUUCUAAUAUACUGAGUUCCUAAUGAUGAUAGUUGCCAUCAAAUAAGUAUCAAAUAAUUUCUGUGAAAACCAGAGGCUUUCUAUUUUAUUACUGAAUGAUAGGUAUCUCUCAGUUCAAGAAUAUUGGUCAUAAAUGUCUGUAUAAAUAAAGCUUAUAUUAGAUGUUAAAACUAAACUUUUUGACAGCAUAGAUUGUCUUUACUUGACCUUCAAAACAUAUUGAUCUUUAUAAAUAUAUAUGUAUAUAUACAUGUAUAUAUUUUGUGCUUUGAACUGGGAAAAAGUAAAACCAAGAAUUUCUGUUAACAAGAAAAGAAAAUUAAGAAAUGUUUUUAGAUGUUUUUAGAUAUUUUAGAUAUUUUUAGCUCUCUUUUAAUUACAUAGCUUUGUCUACACCUAGCCUUCUGGAUAAGAGUAUCUCAGGUGGACUUUUACUCUGGUUACUGUUUUCCAUACUUGAAAGGGGUAACCAAACUCUAAUCAGAUUUUUGUUAGCCGGUUUAGGAUUAUGCACAUGCCUUAAUUCUUCUUCAAACAAGUUCCCAAACAUUGUAAGCUUUAUAUAUUGGCAGUAAGAGGUGCAUAUGAAAGCAAAGGAAGGCAAAAAUCCAAUUAGUGAAUCUUGUUAUUGAUGACCUGAAGACAUCUGUGAAUGGAGGAACUCAAAACUAUGGAGUAUAAAGGAAUUUGGAAUUCAUUUGAACAUUUUUAAGUACCCAAUUUUUCUGUCUGGCCAACUGAAGUUAUUAUAAAGGAGGAAUCAAAUACAAAAUUUUAUUUCCAGGUAAAAAUUCAAAUUAUUUUCCAAAUUCAUUUGCAACACUCUCCCAAGCGGGCAGUUAAUUACUAGAAACCAUCAUUUGAUGUUGUAGUUUGUCAUGUAUCUGAGUGAUUUCUGCUGCUCCCUACCUGUGCCAUUGUGUUUAGGUUGAUUCGGUGGCCUAGUCACCUGUGCUCUUCAUGAGCUGUCUACACAUUUUCAUAUUCAUAUUUAUUAUGUCACUGUCUGAUAUUUUAAUAUUGGCAAAUGUUUGCUAUAACUUUCAACAUUACUUUUUUAUAGCCUUCUUGUUUUUACAGAGCAAUGGAAGUUCAGGCUAUGAAGGCAAUGCUUGCCUUUCUCAUAUGGUCAAAUAUAUUUCUUCUUUAUGAUACUCUGGUGCUCCAUCUUUUUCCAUAAUUCUCUAUUAUUACUUAUUUUAAAUGUUUUUUCCUAUCAGUUUGAAAAACUUAAAUGUCCAAUCUCCAUUUGAAUAUGUGCCAAAAAUACUAUCCCAUGUAAAUAUACAGAAACAAUUACAAUAAAAGUGUCAGAAUAGUUUAAAUGUAUUACCUUGAUGACUACAAAGAUAUAUAUAGAUAUAUAUAUAUAGAUAUAUAUAUAUUGUUCAAGUUAUUGGACUUAAGAUGUAUCUGAAGCAAUAGCUCAGUUCCUGUAGCAAAAACAGAAAAUUUUCAUGAAUGUUACAUAUCUACCCACCAGAGGUUAUUUUUGCAAUUUCAUAUACAAUCAUUUCAAGACCUUUUUGAAAUAAAUAAUGCAAACGAAUUAAAAUAAGGUAUUCUCUUGA